CUCGCCACCUUUAAGGUCUCACGGGAAGUUUUGAUGAGGAGCUCUGAUCACUUUCAAAAGAUGCUUGACCCUGCUGGUAACUUCGCGGAGUGCAAGCAAAAGAUCGUUGAUCUCGAGAACGCGAACCCGAUUGCUGUCGAGCUGUGGCUCCGUUAUUUCCACGGCAAGCUGGAUGAUGAGAGUCUCAAGAUCCCCAUUGGCGAGCUUCGUGCCCUCAUUGAGUGUCACCGUCGAUACUUCUUCCCGCUGGAGAAGUUGAACAAAUGGUUCGAACAGUGGAUGGAGCACAAAGGUGGAAAGAAAAUGAAGAAGUUCAGCCUCGAUGAGCUUAGAAAGUUGAUGUACCCGUGUCAAGAGUUCAAUCAUGCUCAGGGUUUCGCGUACGCGACUAAGAAGUUGGUGUAUGAGACUCCAGGACAUGUUCAUGAGGAUACCCCCCUGGCUUUCGGACACUUGCAUCUUGAGCCACGCAUCAUUGGGGCCAUCAACGCAGCUCGUGGCAGUGUAAAGAUGAAGCUCCACGAGGCGCUCUACAUCAACAGAGUGUUCCUCAACGCCAGCUGCGACUGCAGAAAGGAAGGUCUCUUUGCGUACGAAACUGCGUUAGACAAGACAGGCGUCUGGCCAUUGGAGGAGGUUCUGCACGGAAGGAACUCCAUCUCACUCCAGCGCGUCCUCAGUGGUAUGAGAAAGUUCGAGUACGAGCCGCCCAAUGACUAUUGCGAGCUGUGUUCCGAAGACUUUGGCGCCUCUACGGUUACCAGAGCUAUCAACAUUGCUCAGUCGAAUUUCGACGGCUUAUGCUUGGAUUGCAUUGACAAUCCCCACAGCCGCGAUUGGGACAUCGAGUACACGAAGCAUCAUUCCUUCAAGCUCAUCAAGGCCAAGCAUAUUGAGUGGGACAUGGGCUGCCGUGUGAAGCAUGAAGAGCCAUCAUGGUACUUUUCAUGGAUUGCACGAAAACAACGAGCAGAUGCACACGAG